UUAUCUUCUCUCAUCACCUUCUCAUCUUCCAGUUUAUACAUUUUACUUGGCGCAUUGUUGAGUUGAAGGGCAACUAUUACUGCUUUAAGAUACGAAAAUGGCUUUCAUCAGUUACACUACACACGGCUUCAUCCUCCUCCUAGCUGCUGCUUCUCUAUUGGCAGUCAGCGACGCCAAAACCAUUGUCGUUGGAGGGAGCGAAGGAUGGCGUUUCGGCUUCAACUACACCGAUUGGGUCUUCAAAAACAGCCCCUUUUACAUAAAUGACGAACUGGUGUUCAAGUAUGAUCCGCCAAGCGAGAACAACAGCGGCUACAGUGUCUACCUGCUGCCCAACCUAUGGAGCUACAUCCAAUGCGACUUCAGCAAGGCCAAGAUGUUGGCCGGUCCAAACCAAGGCGGCGGCGAGGGGUUCAAGGUUGAGCUGAACCAGUGGAGGCCUUACUACUUUGCCAGUGGUGAUAAAGAUGGCUACAAUUGCAAGGAGGGGCUCAUGAAGUUCUUCGCCGUGCCACUUCCUCAUUGGAACAACUGAUGAUCCAUAUGCACAAUUAACAAGAGCCUUUUUGGCAUUUAUAUAAAAUUAUACACACAUGCACUUACCACACACACAUACCAUAUUGAAUAAUCAGUGUUUAAUAAUUCUGGAAGGAUCUGAGAGAAUAAUGAAGACGGUGAUCGAUCUUCUUCUUCUUAUGGCACUGUAUACAAGUUAUAGGGAAUAAAUUGAAAUGUGCUUGUUUCUUCAUUUACAUA